AUCAAGAAACCGAAGAAAAAAUGCCGGAGUCACGUGACAGACUUGUGAGGCCAGUUGACAUUGCGACCGUCUUCGCUCAGAGAAGGUCUGAAACUCUCGGAAUUCUCAGAGACGAACCAGAACAGAGUUCAAAUCACUUGGGAUCUCCAGCCACUCGAGUGGCUAAUACGACGGCGGCGCGUGGACAAUCGGUAGGUGGAGGAAGAGGUGGUGGGUUGGGGACCCCGAGAAGCGCGUUCGGCCGUGGAAGAAGAAAUGGGUACGGAUUUGCAUCGGCGACACGUGGACCAAUGGGAAGAGAAAAUACGCCGAUAGGAAGUGCUCGGAGAGGAUCUUCUGUGUUGCCUGCUUGGUACCCGAGGACGCCUCUGAGGGAUAUUACUACUGUUGUGAGGGCGAUUGAAAGGAGAAGAGCUCGCUUGGGAGAAGUUGAAGGCCUACAGAUGGAGAGUCCAAUGUCUCAGGAUCAAAGAGUAGUUGGUUCCCCUAAGCCACUGUCAGGUGCUCAGCCAGAGCACAACACUACAAUUCUGUCCCCAACGAUGCAUAAGAAGCUUUGUCAGCCCUCUGUUGGUAAGGUGCCUAAGAUUUUGCUUGAUAUCACAAAUCAGGCUGGUGGAGAGUUAGAGUCUCUCACACCUCAGAAGAAACUUUUGAACUCAAUUGACAAAGUUGAGAGAGUUGUAAUGGAGGAAUUGAAUAAACUGAAAAGGACCCCAAGUGCUAGGAAAGCUGAGAGGGAGAAAAGAGUUCGCACAUUAAUGUCAAUGCGGUGAUUACUCUUAUUUUCUCAGCAACUAUAUUUCGGAGACAGCAGUAGCCAGAAACUGGACAAACUAGAUUGGGCCCUGCAGUGAGAUUGAUCAUUUUCCGAUGAUCAUUAUUAUCUCUUUGGACAUUGGUCAUCCUCUGAUGAUAUCUUGUUUUUUUUUCUUUUUUUCUUUUUUUCAAAUUGAUGUUGAAGAUAGGUUCUGCUGGGCCCUGCACGGGGAGAUUGAUUUUAGCGGUUAUCAUUGUUGAAGGCUUUGUGAUAAGCAGGCACUUUUUGUAGCCUUCAUUCUUUGAAGGUCUCAGUAGGAAUUGUAGGUAUUAAACUGGUCUGUCUUCAUUCUUUGAAGGUCCCAGAAGGAAUCGUAGGUAGUGUUGUGCCCGUUUGAUGUACAUAUAGUCCACAUUGACAAAUUAGUUUCUUGAUAUCAUAAAAUUUCAUAUAUUACAAUGACAAAUUAGUUUAGUUCUA